CUUACCCACCUUUUCUUUCUAUUUCACUCUCUCUCUCUCUCUCUCUUUCUCUCUCAACAUCCUCUAGAGAGAGAAACACACACAAAAAUGGAAGGUGUGUCUGAGAGCAUGUACAAAGGGCUGAGAGGGUAUUGGAAGAGAAGAGGCUACGAGAGGCUAAACGGGUCGGGUUCCCGGCGAAGGAAGAGAAGCCUCGAUUCGAUCCGAAAGAAGAGAUCUUGGCGGAUCCGGAUCGCCCCGAAACUGGGGUUCCUGAGGAGAGUGCCGUCGCCGAAGAAGCUCUUGGUUUGGCUGCGAGACGCCUACGUCAAGCUCAUGCUCGGAUUCGCUAACUCGCGGGUAUGCAGCACUGGGUAUGGAAGCGCCAUAUGUGGAGAUGGGAUUGGUGGGUUCGGGAGGGGCCCACUCAAGGAGUACGAUGAUAAGAUGAUCGUCGAGAUCUAUAAGUCCCUCGUGCUGGCGCAUGGUCAGUUGGUGCCCCGCGACGCAGCCAGGCUCGGCUCCUAAAAUCGUACUCUCCCGCCGGUAACGUAAUACUUCGUUUACUGUUCAUUUUACAUGAUGUUACGGAAAUAUAUGAAACCAAAAAAAAAAAAAAAAAGGGGGGAAAAAUAGUUUUAAAUUUAACAUUUUACCCUUUUAAGUUUUAUUUCUCUUUCUAAUUGUAAUAAGACGUAGAUUUGUGAGCUAAUUAGUAACAAUAAGUUGUUCAAGUGUCGUCUGAAUUAUUUAUGGGGAUAAAUUUUAUUUUAGUUAUUUUUUGGGGUGGGAGGUUGGAAGUUGUGGAAUAAAUAAGUCCAAUAUAAUAGAUGGGGAGUUACAGAA